AUUUACGCAUGGUGUUCGGCAAUUGUCAAACUGGCAAAAUACACCGCAUGUGAUGUGAGAAAGUAGAAGAAUUUUAAACUAAAAACAUAAAUCAAUUGAUUACUAACGUGCAAAAAUGAAGCAUCCGAAAAAGAAACAGAAUGUGCCCAAACGAUAUUUUGAUGGUGAAGACAAAAAACCUAAGCAAAAUGAUGCCAAACAGAGCCAAGAUGUCGAAGUUUACAAUAUAAAAAUUACCCCAGGCCUUUUGAAAUCACAUAAAUUUAAGAAAAAUAAUAGAGUUCCAUUAAAAAAGCCUUUGGAUAAAGGUAAAAAACCUAAAUAUGAAGGGAAGGCUCCCAUAGACCCUGAGAAGUUAGAGGCACAUUCGCGCGGUGAGGGAGUAGGGAAGGGAGUAAGACAUCCCCUGCAUGCCGAAAAGUUGAGGAAAAGAGAGAGGAAGUUCACUUAUGCUCAGGAGCAAGCUGCCCGAGCUGACAUUUUAUUGACUGAAGAUCAUGGUGGUCUAGAAGUAGAUGAAGACAGCAAAACAACAGCAAUAUCCCAGAAAAUCAUAGCAGAUAAUGUAGACAUAUCUGCAGCUGCUAAGAUAUUUGAGCUGAACCUUAAAUUUGGACCAUAUAAGGCAAAGUACUCUAGAAAUGGCAGGCAUUUAUUACUGGGCAGCAGAAAAGGGCAUCUGGCUGCCUUUGACUGGAUUACUAAGAAACUGCACUUUGAAAUUAAUGUCAUGGAAUCUAUUCAUGAUGUCAGUUGGUUACACACAGAAACAAUGGUAGCAGCAGCACAGAAGGAAUGGCUGUACAUGUAUGACAACACCGGCACUGAAAUACAUUGUGUCAAGAAAAUGGACAAGAUAUUGAGGAUGGAGUUCCUGCCAUAUCACUUCUUGUUGGCUGCUGUUAAUGAAUUUGGCUUCAUGACCUGGCUAGAUAUUUCCAUAGGAGAAAUAGUGGGACAUUACAACAACCACUUGGGGAGAACUGCAGUCAUGGCCCAGAAUCCCUAUAAUGCUACCCUAUGUUUGGGUAACUCUAAGGGAGUGGUGUCACUUUGGGCCCCAACUGUGAAAGACCCUUUGGCAAAGAUAUUGUGCCAUAAGACACCACUUACCGCGAUUGCUGUAGAUAAUAGAGGAAUGUACAUGGCGACCUCAGGAGUAGACAGAAGUAUGAAAAUCUGGGACAUAAGAAACUUGGAUGGGCCAGUACAACACUACAGAUUGCGAAGUGCCCCAGUGGACCUUGAGUUCUCACAAAAGGAUAUGCUUGCUGUUGGACUAGAUGAAGUUGUUGAAAUAUACAAAGAUUGCUGCACACAGACAACUGAGAAACCCUAUCUAAGACAUAGGAUGGCCAAAACUAUAAAUAACUUCAAAUUCUGCCCAUACGAAGAUGUAUUAGGAAUCGGAACUAGUAAUGGGUUUACAAGUAUCAUUGUACCAGGCAGUGGUGAGCCGAACUUCGACGCAUUGGAAAGCAAUCCCUUCCAGAAUAAGAAACAGAGAAAGGAAGCUGAAGUCAAAGCGUUACUGGACAAAAUUCCUGCUGAACUCAUCACGCUCAAUCCAUUUGAUAUUACUGAAGUUGACGUGCCUUCUAUGCAAGAGCAAAUGGAGGCUAAGAAGAAACUACUGUAUCUCAAACCUAAGAAAAUGGACUUCACUCCGAGGCACAAGAAGAAGGGCAAAACACAGAUAGCAAGAAAGAAAAUUAUAAAACGAGCUGCCAGAAAGGAAUUCGUGGAACAAGCAAAAGAAGCACAGAAGUUACUCAAUUUGCCCGAACCCCAAAAUGUUAAGAAACAAUCAUUUGGUGUGCUUGACAGAUUUGUACCAACAGUUAAGACUAAGAAAUAAAACAAAUACUUUGUAUACAUAGAAA